UCGAACCUAGCUCCCUGCCCUGAAUCCCUAUGGUUCACUGCCCCUCGCGAGCACCCACCCGCAGCUGGUCUCUUCUGCCCCAGCCCGGACACCUCCCGCCGGCGCCUGCUGUUCGCCUCACCGCCCAGGAGGAAACCCAACACGGUCAGACCGUUCGCGAGUGUGCGGCGACCCGAAGCCGGUCGUCGAGGAGCAGAACCGGAGGUCAAGCCUAGGCCCAGCGCCGCGCCAGCCACCCGCCUCCCCCGCACCGGCGCGAAUCCCGGCACCCGGGCAGGGAAGACGCGGUCGGGCCGCACAGCGGGAUCCGAGAGCGCGGGGGCCUGCGGGGGCCUGGCGCGCCGCGUCCGCCCGCUGCCAGCGGAGUUGGCAGUGCGCUCCUGGGGACCUUCCGGGGCCGGGCCGCACCUGGGCCUGCGCGGCGGGGCCGUGCUGUGUGGCGCGGCCUGGCCCGCAGCUGGGAGCUGUCAGCAGACAGGCGGCCGCGCUUGUGGGCGGCGGGCAGGCAGUGCGCUGGGCAGCCCGCGGCCGGCGGCCAUGGCGGCGGCUCUGAGGGUGCGGGGGGCGACGCGGCGCUUGCUGGCGGCGCUGCGCGGCAGUACCCCGGGCCUCGCGGCCAUGUCAGCAGAUGCCCACUGGUUGACAGCAGAGGAGAGGAAACAAGUUAUUCUUGACCUUAAAGCAGCAGGAUGGUCGGAAUUAACUGAGAGAGAUGCCAUCUACAAAGAGUUCUUCUUCAAAAAUUUUAAUCAGGCAUUUGGCUUUAUGUCCCGAGUUGCCCUACAAGCAGAGAAGAUGAAUCAUCACCCGGAAUGGUUCAAUGUGUACAACAAGGUCCAGAUAACCCUCACCUCGCAUGACAGCGGUGGGCUGACCAAAAGAGACGUGAAACUGGCCAAGUUUAUUGAAAAAGUAGCUGUUUCUGUGUGAUUUCUUCCAAAAUGCAUGUAAAAGCUGAUAUACAUCUUAGGUGCAAUGUCUUUUGAAGGCGAUUUACAUGAACAAAUUAAGUUGUAAAUUUAGUUUACCUUUAUACCACAUUUUGUAAAAUCACUGCCUAAAUACAAAAUGGUUUAAAUUUCA